AUGCUGCGCAAGCAGCUGGCGUCGUUGGAGGAGAGUCUCGAGCUGCUGAGGGACCGCUGCUGCCAGCUCGCUCGCAGCUGCAACGACUUCGCGGCAUCCCUGGGCGAGUCGUUCGAGGCAGAGAGCGCCUUCGUGCACGCCAUGGAGCGCUUCUUUGGUGCGCCCGAGGAUGCCGUCAGCAUCGCCACAGGCGGUCCUGUGCUGGGGCAGUUCGUGAUGACGCUGCGUGACCUCACCAUAUUUAAGGAGACGCUCAAAUCACAGAUGGAGCAUGUGCUGCAUGACAGAAUCACCAACUUCGUGGAGAACGAUCUCAACAACCUCAAGGAGGUGCGGCGGCGCUACGACAAGGCUGGGCGGCAGUAUGACCAGAUGCGGGAGCGCUUCCUGUCGCUCAAGAAGGGCAUCAAGGCUGAAGUGGCGGCAGAGGCCGACGAGGUGAGAGGGGAUUGGUUUGAGUUUGACUGGAAAGUGUUGGGAAAAUUUCUGCGAGGGGGAGGAGAGGGGGGUUCGAGAAAUCAGAGAUAUGUGGGCACAGCAUGGAAGGCAAGUGGAGAUGUGGGAGGAGGUGGGUGGGAAGAUGUGGAUGGGAGGAAGGUGUUGAGAGGAGACAAGGGAAGUGUGUGA